AUGAGGAGCCUAGUACUUGUGGUUGCUGCAAUUUUCACAGUCUUCGCACGCUUCGGCGUAGCAGCUGCCACUGAGACUAUUAACUACGACUGCUUCACGCCGUGCAAUAGCCCACAGAACGCGAAAGAUGUAGUUGCGUCCUGCGUCGAAGAUUGCGCGCUGUGCGUUGCGACGAGUAGUGGCUGCAGUUUUAGCUUCAAGCCCAUUUGGGUUGAUGCGGCCAACACUGGUCAAGUGUACCAGGGAGGCCAGUGCAAUAAGUCAUGCGGUCUUUCGUGGUGGAGCUGGCUGCUCAUUGCCAUCUCCAUUUUGUUGUUCGUUGUUCUCAUCGCGUUCAUUAUCUACCGCUGCUGCUGCAGCAAGACCAAUGAGUGGCGACCGCCAGUCGCGGGGCGCCAGUCGCGGAUCGCCAGGUCGCUAGCGAUGGGGGGUCCCGCCUUCGAUCUUCUCGCGAAUCCGCUGGGAGCGGUGCGCGUCCUCUUCGACCGCGAGGUCCACCGGCUCCGCAGCGCCGCACAAACCGGCGGACAAGGCGGCGGCGAUGGCGGAGGCGCGCAGGAGGCGAUAAAGCGGCAGCUGGCGGAAGGGGACUGGGGAGUUCGCACGCUCGCUGACGAAUUCUUGUUUCGCGAUGGGAACAUAGAUAAGGUGCCCGAGAUCAACUCAGUGGGCGUGGAUCACGUGCCGGUGGGCUCUCUUGUCCGAUUCCGAGGCAUGGUACAGGACAUGUGGGGCACGGAGUUUUAUCAGGGCCUCUACAAACGAAGCAGACAGCCCCCAUCCGCUUCCCCCUCUGUCUCCUCCGCCCCCCCCUCUCCCCCCUGGCGCACCACCAAGUACACUGAUGGGGACUGCGCGGGGGGGAUGGGGGGAGAUGGGGCGGACGGGUUGGGGGAAGCGGGGAGCGAAAGGGUGACGGAUUUUGGCAGUAUUUGGGAGAGGCGGCUGCUGUACUGUGUGCCUUGUUUGGACGCGGAAGGCAGGACAGCUGCCGGUGAAGCGACCGACUCCAAGCGACAGGCCACCGCCGCAGUUACUAACACCACAGGGGCUGCCAACCUCACCAGCAGCAGCAACACCCCUGCACAGCCCAGCAGCACUGCUGCUGCUGGCGACACCCCUCCGUUCGUGGAUCUACACUUCCCUCUCGGGCCCUCUGCUGCUGCUUCUCCCCAUGGGCACCCCCUUCUACCCUGCAUCGUCAAGCUGUACGACAGUGUGGAAUCCCAAGUAAAGCUCAACCAGGUGGUGGAGUUCGUGGGGGUGGUGGCACCACCAUCCGCUCCCACCGUGCAUACUGCCCACACAGCAGCACACGACGAAGGCACAGCCACAACCGCAGGUGCAGCGGCAACUGCAGGUGCAGGCACAGCGAUGGAGGUGGAGAUGAUGGGGGCUGACAUGGGCAUGGGAGCGUGCCCCUCCGCCUGUCUGCCCAGCAGCCAGGUGCUGCGCCUGCACUGCCUCACUUGGCGGAAGCUCCCCGACCUCUUUCAGCCUGCCAUGGAGCCAACUGUAGCGGCAGCAGGAGACAUCAGGGCGGCGCUGCUAUCCCGAUUGGCUGCUGCUCUGGGCGGCGACAGGCUGGCAGCAGAGUACCUGCUGUUGCACCUGCUGUCGCGGGUACACACGCGCAUAGAGCCCAUGCCUCUGGGUAAACUCUCCCUUAACCUCUCCGGCUUCCCAGAACCUUCCUCUGCCUCCACUCCCUCUCACCCCCCUCCUCCUCUCUCCUCCUCCCCUCCCUCACUCUCCCAAGCUGCCUCCCCCUCUCUCUCCGCCCUCACCUCCUCUCUCCAAACCCUCCUCCCAGCCACCGCCACUCUCCCUCUUUCCCUCGACACUCUUAACUCGCGCCGCCUCGCACCCCACAAAGACUAUACCUCUGACAGGCUAGUAUCUGGUGUGCUGCAGCUGCCAGCAGGGACGCACCUAACUAUUGACGAGACGGCUUUAAAGCCGGGACGGGUGACGGCGCUAGGGAGUCAGAACCUGCGGGCUCUUAAAGAGCUAUUGGAGUGGCAAAAAGUGGACUAUGAUUUUCAGUACUAUAAGAUGGAGAUGCAGAGUGACAUACCUGUACUCAUUCUCUCACACGCCACGUCACGCCUCCUGCCUGCUGACGUCAGCUUGCCUGUUCGGUGCACCGCGCCACCUCAGCCUGUGCGUGAGGACGAGCCGGACGUCGCCACGUGGCGGCGUUACAUAGGCUGCUGCCGGCUGUUAGAUCAUGAGAUCAAGGACGAUAUGCGGGAGCAAGUGGAGCGGGAGCUAGUGGCAGCGAGACAGGAGGACCCAUCUCUAGACUCCGAUACUUUCCACCGGUGGCUCACGUUGGCUCGCUUGGCCGCAGCAAGCUUUGGAGAGAGGGAGCUCUCGAGGGAGAGGUGGCAGGCAGUCAGGGACCUGGAGCAAGCCAGGGAGGCUCGUAACCGAGUGGUGUAG